AUGGUUGCAGUAUCGCCCUCCUUGCCUCAAGCCUUUAUGUCCCACAGUCCAUCUGAUGCUGUGCUUUUAGCCACUGCCGUCGUUCUUGUAAAAAACAGCGUUCGAACUUUCGUACCCUGUAGCGCAUUUUUGGAUUCGGGAUCGCAAUUGCAUUUCAUAACUAGUCGUCUAGCUAAUCAGCUAAAACUUCGAACAACCAAAUCGCUUACCGCUGUCUCUGGCAUAGGAGAUGCUAGCUUCCCAACAGAAGGUAUCUCGGUGGAUCUCGUUCUGAAAUCGCGGAUUUCAGAGUUCACCACUAGCAUCACUGCCGUCGUUGCCCAGAAGAUCACGGACCAUCAACCUAGCAUCACAGUUAGCACUGCUAGUUGGCCUAUACCGUCGAAUAUCCAGCUUGCUGACCCUUCGUUCCAUAAGCCACAGCGGAUUGACCUGCUCAUCGGAGCCGGACUUUUCUUCGAGUUGCUGUGUGUGGGGCAAAUUCAGCUGGCGCCUGGACUACCGUGGCUGCAGAAGACACAUCUAGGAUGGAUUCUUUCUGGUGGCGGGCACUCGGCCCUCAAUAACUCGUCGUUCAUCGCAACCCAAUCUUCGGAUGACAUCAAUCACAGCACUCGGCUCGAUGAGUUGGUUCGUCAAUUUUGGGAAGUGGAGCACAUCUUUGAGCCAAUCGUUAGGGCAACAAAGGAGGAGCUGCACUGCGAGGACCACUUUGUCAAACAUCACACUCGAUUACCCUCAGGAGAAUAUUCUGUUAGCUUGCCCAUGAAGCGAAGUCUGGAGUCCUUGGGCGAUUCCUACUUGCAAGCAAAGCGGCGGUUGGAAAAUUUGGAGCGCAAGUUCGUGCGUAAUCCAGUUUUAUAUUCGAAAUAUUCGGCAUUUAUGAAGGAGUACCUGUCCCUUGAUCAUAUGUCUCUGGUUCCAAAUGAAGAUAGACACAAGUGCAGAUAUUUCUUGCCGCAUCAUUGCAUCAUUAAAGAGGAUAGCUCCACGACAAAGCUGAGAGUCGUAUUCGACGGCUCUGCAGUUACCACAUCUGGUCUCUCGUUGAAUGAUCUGCUUAUGUCAGGUCCCACCAUUCAAUCCAAGCUGUUUCACACUCUCCUUCGAUUUCGUACAUUUUCCAUUGCUCUUACAGGCGAUAUCGGUAAGAUGUAUAGGUGCGUGCGUGUCUCAAUGCCCGACACCAUGCUCCAAUGCAUCUUGUGGAGGGACUCUGUUGACGACGAUAUAAAGAUCUUCAAGCUAAACACCGUCACCUAUGGGACUAAGCCUGCAUCGUUUUUAGCUAUUCGAGCUAUGCAUCAGCUGGCCAUGGAUGAGUCGUCUUCGUAUCCAUUGGGUUCGGAAACCAUUCUACAGGACUUCUACGUAGACGAUAUGAUUUCUGGAGGAAAUUCAGUCGAGGAAGUGCUGGAUAUUAUGCGUCAAACCACGGAGCUUCUUGCUUGUGGCAAUUUUCAGUUAAGGAAAUGGUGUUCAAACUCUCCUGAUGUUCUUCGUGAAGUCCCUGAGGCAGAAAGGGAAAGUUUUCUGAAGCUCGAUGAUGGCAGCGAUGUGACCAAGGCGCUUGGACUCAUCUGGGAACCCCAGAGGGACAAGUUCCUGUUUACUUUUGCACCUCAAAUCGGUGUUGGCAAGCACACUAAGCGUUCGGUGUUGUCAACCAUUGCACGGUGCUAUGAUCCUAUGGGAUUGAUUGGACCCACAUUGACCAGAGCGAAAAUCAUCAUGCAGCGCAUGUGGAGAGACAAGCUGCAUUGGGAUGAAAGUCUUCCUCAGCCACUGGAAUCGGCUUGGACUGAGUUUUGCAAGGACUUCGCUACUGUGGGUAACGCUACAUUUUCGCGUUAUAUACUUCAACCUAAGGCAAGGUUUGAGUUGCAUGCCUUUUGUGAUGCCAGCCUCCAGGCCUAUGGGGCUUGUAUCUACGCUCGUUCGUUUAGGGAUACCGCCGAUGUGGUACAUUUGCUUUGCUCGAAGGCUAGAGUUGCACCAUUGAAAACCCUCACGGUGCCUAAGCUUGAGCUAUGUGCAGCGUUCCUGUUAGCCAAUUUACUUCGCGAAAUUAGGAAAAUCGAUACCUUCGACUGCCCGAUCCAUUGCUGGUCGGAUUCAACUGUGGUACUGUCUUGGUUGCGAGAGGAACCAUCCAAAUUCAACGUGUUUGUGUCUAACAAGAUUUCCGCAAUACAGCAACUUACGAGGGGCAUGGAUUGGCGCUAUGUACCAACUGAAAUGAACCCGGCUGACAUUCUUUCAAAGGGAGUAGCGCCUCAGGAGCUCUUGCAGUCUAGGUUGUGGAUGAAUGGACCUUCUUUCUUGCAAGGCGAAAGAAGUAGCUGGCCUGAACGUUGUUCGCCCGAACUCAGUCUUCCGGAAAUUAGGCAUCGAGUAUUGCUGUCGUCUGAGCGUGUCGACAUCUCGCUUUCGUUUAAGCACAUUAACUCAUUCGGAGUCAUGAUGCGCAUUUUCGGAUAUGUUCAUAAGUUCGUCAGCAAGAAAAGGUCACUUGAUCUCUCGUCUGAAGACCUUCGCAAAGGAUCGCACUUGUUGUGUCGCAUCGUUCAACGCGCCCACCUUCAUCCCGAGUACCGUGCUCUGCGGAAGGGGAACUGUGUGGAGUCCUCCAGCAGCAUUAUAUCUCUCUCGCCUUUCAUAGAUGACGUUGGUUUGAUUCGUGUUGGUGGUCGCUUGCGGCACUCAACUCUUGGCUUCGAUGCACGCCACCCAAUAAUUUUGCCCAGGGAUCAUCCAUUGACGUUCGCCAUCAUCAUGCACUUUCAUCGGAAGCAUCACCAUGCUGGGCCGCAGUCUCUACUGGGAUCUAUUCGCUUGCAGUUCUGGCCCAUCGGCGGCAUGAAAACUGUUGCUCGAGCGUUGCGGAAAUGCAUCAUCUGCUGCAGGUCCAGACCUCGUCUUGUGGAACACAUAAUGGCUGACCUACCGAAGGAUCGAGUGCAGGAUUCGCCUGCAUUCAGCGUCACUGAUGCAGUUCAUAAUCAUUGCAUCAACAAUGGCUUCAAUUGGAAGUUUAUCCCGCCUCGCUCACCCCACUUCGGGGGGAGGCAGCAGUGA